AUGCACACAAAUACCCACAUUUUGGUUUUUAUCAUAUCUCUAUUUCUUGCUUUCAAUUCCUUCCAUGCUGAGAGCUCCGACACGAAGCCCUUGAUAUUGAGCUGUGGCUCCAAGGAUGGUGGAACAGAUGGCGAUGGCAGAAAAUGGGAAUCGGAUUCGAAGUAUCUUCCAUCCUCAGAUAAGUCAGUUUCAGCCAGAGCUCAAUCUCAAGAUCCUUCACUUCCUUCCGAAACUCCCUACAUGACUGCUAGGAUUUUCACCUCGGAGACCUCUUACCAAUUCCCCGUCAACUCGUCCUCCCGUUACUGGCUUAGACUCCAUUUCUACCCUUCUGCUUAUAGCAAUUUCAACGUCUCCAAUUCCUACUUUUCUGUCGUGGCUGGAGGGAUUACUUUGUUGAACAAUUUCAGUGCUUCAAUCACAGCAGAAGCUCUCACGCAGGCCUACACCGUCAGAGAGUUCUCCUUGGCUGAUUUGAAAUCGGAUUCUCUGACUAUCACCUUCAAGCCUUCUGACAAGUUUAGUGGUGCAUUCGCUUUUGUCAAUGGCAUUGAGGUCAUCCCGAUGCCGGACUUAUUUGAUUCUGCAACUAUGGUGGGGUUCUCGGACCAGUCUACGGACAUCAAGGCUGCUAAUUUUCAGACAAUGUACAGAUUGAAUGUUGGUGGCAAAUACAUUCCUCCAACCAAUGACUCCUCCGGCCUUACCAGGAGUUGGUAUGAUGAUUCACCAUAUCUCUCCGGCGCUCAGUUUGGUGUCACCUCUGAGGCACCUAGUAAUGUCACAAUCAAGUACAAUGAUGUGCCGGAGUCAAUUGCUCCGCUUGAUGUGUACAGAACUUCGAGAUCAAUGGGUCCGAAUCCCAACAUCACCAUGAACUAUAACCUCACAUGGAUUUUCCAUGUUGAUGCCAAUUUCACAUACAUUGUGAGGAUGCAUUUCUGUGAGUAUCAAUUGCACAAGGAAAAUCAGAGGGUGUUUGAUAUAUACAUCAACAACAACACGGCGAUGCCUAGUGCUGAUGUGAUAGCGUGGGCACAAGGAUCAGAGUCUGUGCCAGUGUACAAAGAUUACUCUAUAUAUGUUAACGAUCAACCUGGAGAUGAGGAGCUCUGGGUGGCUCUUCAUCCUUCUGUCUCAGCCAAGCCUGAGUACUAUGAUGCAAUUCUCAAUGGGUUGGAGGUUUUCAAGGUUAGUGACGCCAAUUCCAAUUUGGCAGGACCUAAUCCCACUGUGUCGGACUUGAAGAAGAAGCAACUGGAUGAGGGGGAUAAGAGUUUUGCUCCCAAGAAGUCAUAUGUCAGCGCGAUAAUCGGUGGAGCUGCUGGUGGAGCUGCUGCAUUUGGUUUAGCAGCUGCAGUGUGCAUUGUAUUGCACAAAAGGAAGAGGAAACUCCCCAAUGGUUCCGAGUCGCGCACCUCUAGUUGGCUGCCAAUUUAUGGCAACUCCCAUACUUCAGCAAGCAAAUCAACAAUCUCGGGAGCUAGUCAUUGCAGUGCAGCAAUAUCAUCUGAUGCUGCCAGCAACUGUCGCUACUUCUCCUUGGCGGAGAUACGGCAUGCCACCAAGAAUUUCGACGAGUCUAACGUGAUUGGGGUUGGUGGAUUUGGGAAGGUGUAUAAAGGUGUGGUAGAUGGAGAUGUGAAAGUGGCUAUCAAACGAUCAAACCCGUCCUCGGAGCAAGGAGUUAAUGAGUUCCAGACCGAAAUUGAGAUGCUUUCCAAGUUAAGGCACAGGCAUUUGGUUUCUCUGAUUGGUUUCUGUGAAGAAAAUAGUGAAAUGAUCUUGGUUUAUGACUACAUGGGACAUGGAACUCUGAGGGAGCAUCUCUACAAGGGUAACAAAAUUACUCUGUCUUGGAAGCAGAGGUUGGAGAUUUGUAUUGGAGCAGCUAGGGGACUUCACUACCUGCACACCGGGGCCAAGUACACCAUCAUUCACAGGGAUGUCAAGACCACAAACAUUCUCUUGGAUGAGAAGUGGGUUGCCAAGGUUUCCGAUUUUGGGCUCUCGAAAACAGGUCCCAACAUGAAUCAAGGCCAUGUCAGUACUGUGGUGAAGGGUAGCUUUGGUUACUUGGAUCCUGAAUAUUUCAGGAGGCAACAGCUGACUGAGAAGUCCGAUGUGUACUCAUUUGGGGUUGUUCUUUUCGAGGUCUUGUGCGCCAGGCCAGCUCUCAAUCCUAGCCUCCCCAAGGAACAAGUUAGUCUUGCUGAUUGGGCUCUGAAUUGCCAAAGGAGAGGCGCGCUGGAGGACAACAUUGAUCCCCAACUCAAGGGAAAGAUAAACUCUGAGUGCUUGAAGAAAUUCUCCGAGACAGCUGAGAAGUGCUUGGCUGAUCACGGGGUUGAUCGUCCCUCCAUGGGCGAUGUGCUGUGGAAUCUUGAGUUUGCUCUCCAAAUGCAAGAGAAUCCAGAUGGCAGCACAAAACCAACUAAUUCGGGAAGCAGUAUCGAGUAUGAGCAUUUCGAAGAAAUGGAUCACAACAGUUUCUUGGCAAUGCAUCGAAACACCCUAAGCCUCGGAAGUGAUAAUGAUACAACUGAGAAAUCAGAUGAUAACACUGCUGAUAUCUUCUCACAGAUUGUCAACCAAAAGGGAAGGUGAUGAUGAUCAGUUUCUAGAUCUGUGCCAAUCACUGGUCUGUCAUUGAGUUUCAGUAUACUACAUUUACUCUCUGUACUGUGUGUUGGUUGGGUCUUUCAAUCUUCUCUUCUUAAAUUUUUAGUAUCAUUUAUGGGAUGACCAUCCAAGCUAAAUAGAAACUUGUACUCUUACGUAAGGAGUCCAGAGAAAGAGUAUACUUCAGCUCCUACUAUUAUAUAUAAUUAUG